AUGGGCCGAGGGAAAGCAUCCCAUGGCAAUGCUAUCGGAGGUGAGUCGUGCAGCGCCACCCCCGAUACGGCCAGACUGGGCUUUGGCCAAACCGCUACCGUUCAGCCGGAGAAGUCCGAUAGUCUUCUCAUCCGACAGAGUGCUGUUGCACCUAUGUCGAACGAACCGGGACCCGAACCCGGACCCGGACCUCUGCAUGGGACCGGCACGUACUCGCCGGGCGAUGGGGGGUCGGGGUCAAUUCAUAGUAAGAGUGCGUAUGCACCUGAGCUCGGUACGGGCUCGUAUGCACCCGAGGAGAACCUCUCCUCCGCGGACGACGCCCACAACGAGACCGACGCUGUGGCUGAGGAAUCGGCCGCUGUUGCGCGGUUGCUAAGCAACCUGGAUCUGGAGGGCGAGAAGGUGUACCCCCACGACGCGGCGAAAGCGCGCUAUUUCGACUUCUUAUCUCCGUCGCUCGACUCGGCAAUGGACAAAUACAGAGGACAGGCUGUGUCGUAUCUGCGCGGCAACUUCACCACCGGCCGCCGGAACGGGGGCAGUGCCACCCCCACGCGUGAUAGUACCGAACUUCAGCACCAGCGCAAUAUGGAGGUGUUCGGGCCUUCUGCACUGUGUGCGAUGGCCCCAAUUGAUACCAGCAGCCACGCCAUGGAGACCCCUAGAUACCCCGAGGAGACCAUGGUAGGUAAGCUAGUAGAUACAUUAACCGUCACACCAUCCACCUCACACGUAUCAGCCUUCAAGACUGCCCCGACCGCCAAGGACAAGGACCGGUCCAGCACACGCACUGUGUCGGGCCAUUUGCCACAGACGCUUUCGCAUAGCCUGGCGCCGGGUACAUCCCGUCGUGAGAUGCGUGACUGCGACUCGGCCAUGGACAACGGCGGUGCCGGAGAGCGUAACAACGGGCAGCACAACCGUGGACUGGGCGGUGAGCUGACCUUCACCAGACACCGUAUGAGUCAUUCGGAGGGGAUUGUGGUGGGCCGUAGAAUGGGGGCUAUCACACGCGAUGAGGCGGAGACGGUGGUAGGUAAUGCGACGAGGGAUGCGAGUACCGAAUAUCCACCGCAAUCGGCGGCAGACACCACAGCUACACGGCAUGACAUGGCUGCGAAGAGUGCGUUUGACUUUACGGGUUUGUUGGGCGACGCUGGCCGGCAGCCCGUACCAGGAUGA